AUGUCUAAUUCGAUUGCGCAGCAAGAUGUGGCGGAGACAGAGCAUACAACUGAUCCUGUUGGAGUGGUAGAUACAGAGGAUGCUAAUCCAGCUGAUCAGGAUUUGGUAGGGAUGUCAGUGUGUUCGGUUGAUGAAGCAUAUGACAUGUAUAAUGAUUAUGCCUUUAGAGUAGGUUUUAGCGUGAGGAGGGGUAAGCAAAGAUAUAGUUCUGCUACAAAAACAAUGAAGACGAAGAUGUUCCAUUGUUCGAAGGAUGGAUUUAAAAGGAGUACAGGAAAAGGGUGUUAUUCUAAAAUUGAUGGUCGUACAGGUUGUGGUGCAUUUGUCCAAUUCGAUUUACAUGAGAAUGGGAUGUGGAUUGUUUCGAAGCAUGAGAAGUUGCAUAAUCAUGAAUUGGUUCCACCAAGCAAGAGUUACCUUCUAAGGUCACAUAGGAUGGUGUCUAGGAAUCAUAUAUCAUAUCUUACUGAUUUGAAGAGCAGUGGUGUGUCUGUUGCAGAUGGUGUAAGAUUCCUUAAAACACAAUCAGGGGGAUCACCACUUGUUGGGUUUACAAGUAGGGAUGCAUAUAACUCUCUAUGUACCGAUGCAUUGAACAGAUUGGAUGGUACCGAUUCAAACACAUUGAUUGAAAUAUUCAAACGGAGGCAGUCAAGUGAAAGGGAUUUUUACUUUGAUUUUGAGGUGGAUUUGGAGUCAAGGUUGUGUAGUUUUUUUUGGAGGGAUGGACGGAUGAGGAGAGACUAUGAUUUGUUCGGGGAUUUGCUAGUUCACGAUACAACAUAUCGUACUAACAAAUAUGACAUGAUUUGUGGAACUUUUGUUGGCACGAAUAACCAUUGCAUGAAUGUUAUGUUUGGAUGCGGUUUUUUGAUGAAUGAGAAGAUUGAGUCAUUUGUAUGGUUGUUUAAGACAUUUUUGAGAUCUAUGGAUUACAAAAGUCCACAAAGCAUAAUGACUGAUCAAUGUGCUGCUAUGGCUGCUGCAAUUGUUCAAGUUUUUCCAAGUUCACGACAUCGGCUAUGUAUAUGGCAUAUUGGCGAGAACUCAAAGAAGCACAUUAAAGGGUUAAGAAAUCAAAAAGAUUUCCUAGAUAUAUUCAAUUGCUUGUUGAAGUAUACGGAUACAGAGGCAGAGUUUGAAUUUUACUGGACGAGGAUGGUUACAACAUACAAAUGUCACAAUAAUCACUGGAUUGAAAAGUUGUAUGGGUGUAGAGAAAAAUGGUGUCUUGCUUUUAAUAAAGAUUAUUUUUCGGGUGGGAUUUUAUCUUCUCAAAGGAGUGAGACCACCAAUCACUCUAUUUCUAGAAGGUUGUCCAAGACAUCUGGUUUGUGUGAUUUUUAUAACUCUUUUGUUGGGGUCAUAUCAGAGUGGAGAAGUAGAGAGAAUGGGGAAGAUGUUCGGUGUUCACAAGGUGUACCCACAAUGGUGAUGGAUAAUGUUAAGAUUCUGUUGCAUGCUAGGGAAAUUUAUACAAUUGAGAUAUACUAUUUGUUUGAAGAACAAUUUUUGAAAGGUGGAUCAUGCUAUCAAGAGUGUGUGAUGUUGGAAGAUGGUGUGUAUAAGUAUCAUGUCUGGAGGCCUGAUGUUGAUAUUAUUAGGCAUGAAGUGGUGUUUAACAGUAGACAAAUGGACAUUGGAUGUAGUUGCAAGUUGUUUACUGAAUUGGGGAUUUUGUGUUGUCAUUGCUUACGCAUUCUAAAUGUGCAUUGUGUUUCUGAAGUCCCCGAGAAGUAUAUUUUGAAGAGGUGGACUAAAAAAGUUGUUGAAGUUGAUAAUGUUGAUAUAAUGUCUAGAGUUGAUAGUGGUAAUGGUGCAUCUUCUGUUUGGUUAUUAGAAAUCAUUAGGAAAUUUCAGAGGCUUGCUGUUUAUAGUCAGGAAAAUAUCGAAGGACGGAAGAUUUGUAAAGAAGCAAUUGCAGAUGCAAAGAGAAGACUUGAAGCUGAAUGUGGUGGCAGUUUAUUUGAAGAUUGUGACAUAGGAUCGACAAGUGGUGUUAUAAAGGAUCCAUCUACUAGGCGGAUGAAAGGGUUGCGGAAUAGGAGGGUGAGCAGCGUUACUUCAAAGAAAUAUAACAAAGCAAGGGGACGGAAGCAUCUUGUAAAUAUGGUUGCUUCCAAAAUAAAAUCUGCUGUUCACUUGUUCAGUCUCAAGUUGAUGUUGUCCCUUGCUGAUUGCAUGACUGUUUCCAUGUAUUCGUUUUUCUUCCACAUGAUGAUGUUUGCUGCAUAUUUUUCUCUAAGCGAUGUAAUGAAAGCAGCCUACAGUAAACAAAAGAUACAUGUUAAAAUUAGAAGAAACAAGAGAUAA